AUGGUCGAUCCCAAGAAUAAUGUGGGCAUCAUCGUUCAAGACGACGGCGUGGGCAUGGAUCGUCGGCGACUGGUCGGCAUGCUGUCGUUUGGUUUUAGCGACAAGGAACACAAGGCUGGGAACGUCGGGCGGUUUGGUAUCGGUUUUAAGUCUGGAUCGAUGCGAUUGGCGCGAGACGCGUUGAUAUUGACGAAAAGAGAUGGGUACGCCCACGUCGCGUUCCUGUCACAGACGUUUUUAGAUGACGCCGAGCUGGACGACAUUCUGAUUCCGAUGUUUUCGUGGAGGAUGGAGCGAGACGCGACGACUGGCGGCAGGGUUUCAUACGUCGCGAGCGAACCAGCGAAUACGAAAAAAUGGGAUGAACACAUGUCUGUGAUCUUGCGAUAUUCAUUCGUACCCUCGGAGCCACAGUUGAUGCGAGAGUUGGACAAGAUAAGAGGUUCACACGGGACGCGCAUCGUACUUUUCAACUUGCGCGAUCCGCCCGAGUUGGAUUUCACGAGCUACAAGGAUGACAUUCGUCUGGUGGGGGCUAUCCCAGAUGACGAGCGAGCGGUGCGCGGACCGAUUUUCCAACAAUCGCGCGAAGGCCAGCAGGCGUCGAUUGAUGUGCAGGAAGACUAUAGUUUACGUGCUUACAUGGAAAUUUUGUACCUGAAACCGCGGUGCGAAUUCACGCUUCGCGGGCGACCAGUCGUGCCGCGAGACCCGAUCGCGCAUCUCGCGCGAGAAUAUUAUGUGUUUCCGGAGUACAAGCCGCGAGGCUUGGACGCGGGAAUCACGAUUCACAUCGGAUACGCCGCGGAUGAAACUUCGAAGAAGUGUGGGUUCCACAUUUACAACAAGAACCGAUUGAUUCGCAUGCACCAACGCUUCGGUUCGCAGCUGCAGGCGAACACAAUGAUGAAGGAUAUGAUCGGUGUCAUCGAGGCGGACUCCUUGGAACCGACACACAACAAACAAGCAUUCAAGGAGGCCGACAUCACCUAUCAAAAGUUCAAGCGUCAUCUAGUGCAAUGCAUGCAGGAUUAUUAUUUCGGUAUUCAAAGGUAUCGUUUAGCCGGCGGCGGCGGCCGCGGCGCGGGAACGACGUCUUUGAAGCAAACGGCGAAGCGACGAAAACGUUUGCACAAGUCUAGCUCGUUCGACGAAGACGAUGAAGAUGGAGGGAGCGACGGUGCGAAUAAGGCUCCAGCGCCGCGCGGUAGGCCGAAAGGCGGACGUGUCGCGACCCCACUUACCCGCAUCAAGUCGAUUCAUCGCUCUCUCAUGGUACACAAGAACGCGUACAUUUUCUUGCGUCCAGUCGAUCCGGUGUACUGGGAGAUUCCAGACUACUUCGAAGUCAUUAAAAAUCCGAUGGAUCUCGGUACGAUUAAAGAACGCAUCGACGCGGGGUAUUACGACGAGAAAAAUGUCGAGGCGUACGCCGCCGACGUUCGACUGGUUUGGUCCAAUGCGAUGACUUACAACAAAGACGACACGCCAGUGUUCAAGAUGGCGCGCAUCAUGUCAAGAGAGUUUGAGUAUCAAUGGCAAACUAGAAUUGAAGACGAGGAAUUCGUGGUUCCUGCGCUAGCGUCGCACGCCGCAGCGGACGCACGCGGGCCGACAAGAACGGAAACGGACACUGGCGACGCGUUCCACUCCGCACCGACGUCCGCACCGACUGCGGUGUCGCGGCGCGAGAAUUUAAUGCGAGAGGCUCAAGUGCGCACUGCGGUCGAUGAUCAAACGGUCGAGCCUUCGCCUGCUAUUGCCGUUCCUCCACUUUUGGUCAAUAAAGUCGCGGCAGCGGCAGAUGCAAAGAAAACAGUCACUGAGAAAGAAGAAAGCAAUAUGGAGCGUCCUGAUGUCAAAGCAGAGCCAAACCAGAUGGUUCGAGUUCCCAAAGCGCUCUCAACCGUCAUCGAUGAGAGCUUCUUCAAGAUUCUCGAGGAAAAGUUCGUGCAGCUCGAGACAGAACUCGCGGAGGAACGCGCUGCAAAUGCGCGUUAUAUUGAUCAGAAUAUUAAGAGGGGCAUCAACGGCUCUUCCACCGUGAGCGUAGAGGAAAUGAAAUCAUACGCAGGAGAGCUCGAAAGAUUACGAGUACGCGUGCAAACUCGUGAGUUCCAGCUCGACAGUUCGCGCGCGAAAGUACGCGCUCUGCAAGAGGAGAAUGUGCGACUUAGAGAUCGGUUGGAGUUGAAGAAGCCGAAAACGACCGCCGCGAAGCCAGUCAGCGAGGUUCGCGAGACGAAAUUCGCCGUCAGAAACGCGACAGCGAGCGAACUUGAGAAAUUGUACGCGUAUGUCGAAAAGCACGCGCCCAAUAUCGACAUUCGCGGUCGCGGCUGGCGUGUAGACGUGUUUGAGCGAAAAGGUGGACGUCUUGCGGGGACUUCGUACAAAGAAUUCCUCUCACCAAGCGGCCACAAAUUACGUUCGAUGAAAGAAGUGCUCGCUUACGUGGCGAUGAUCGAUGACUAUCGAGCGACUCAUUUUGUCGACAUGAAAUACUCGAAAGGCGACGCCAAACCCACGCAAGAGCAGGGGGGUGCACACCCGCUGCAAACCAAAACGGUUCCGGGCGUACCUGUGGCCGCGCCCGCGCCGAUGGACACUGAUGACGUGGAUGCACCGGCACACGAAGUGCACGCGACUACUUCCAUCGAAGGAACCGUCGAUGAUGCGCAUGCACCGGCGCCUGAAGCGCCCGCGACUACGUAG